GAGCAGGUAAGAAAAAGACAAAAAAACUACAAUAACCUUCAUUCAAGUCACCAUGAAGCACAUCACAUACUGUAAUUAAUACAUUGACAAACAUGGUCAGCAUUUGCAGAAACAGAUAUUAUAAGGAUAUUAAGGAACGUUUUGCCAUCAUAAAUUGGCCGAUGUGAGCUGUCUGUAUUCUCUCUGUAAAUAAUGUGUAUUUACAGUAUUUAGAGUGUAUUUAGAACGCACUGAAUUGGAUGUUAUUGACCACCAAUAGCAAGUGAAAGCUUUUACACCUUGCCAUUGUUAUGGGUAUUUACACACACCAUUCAGGUUGAUAAGGAUCAUCUAUGUUGGAUUUGGGGAAAAUCUAUCAAAACACUAUAAUAGAACUGGACAUUUUCAGAUGUGGUUUUAUUGGAGAAACUGUAAUGUAUUCCUUUGUGAACAUUAUCAAAAGACAGAAAAUUAGACACCUUGAAACACAGCUUCUAUCAUCAUCCUGAAUGCUCACACAUGUUUGCAUGUACACACACACACACACACACACACACACACAUACAUACACAAUAUGUCCUGUCCAAUAAACUUAUGUUCUGUUUUUAUAUGGUUUUAAAUAUAUGAUUAUGUGCCAUACCAUAUGUAAACCCUCUCAGAGGAAAAUAUUGGAUUAUAUCAUGCUUCAUACAGUUGACUGCCCGAAAGUGCACACUCAAACCAAGCAGGCAGACUAAAUACAGAUUGAACAGAUUAAGGACGCAGUAUCGUGAGAUAAUUCCCAGCUCAGAAAUAACCUUUACGUCUAAGUACAACGCAAAAAAAAACAACUACUUGAAUUAAAUGAAACCAUUAUACCCACUAAAUGGGCUUUCAUAACUAAAUUAUUUAUCUUGUUAAAAUAUGAGCUUGCCAUACCCUGUAGAUCUGUGCAGCUAUUUAAAGGCCCAGAGGUCUUAUAUAUUUCCACACUGUGUUGGAAAAAUACUGUGAAAUUGUGAAAAUUAUAAUAAAACACUUUUAGUGUAAGAGCUGUUUGAAAAGACCACCUGAAAUGUCAGCCUGUUUUGCUGGGAUGGCACUUUGGUGACACCACCAGGUGUUAAAUUUGUGAAUAGACCAAGUACAAAGAGCGUUCCAAACCUCUCUGCCAAUGACAGCUAAUUUCAGUUUUCCACUCCCCACUCAGAUCACUACCAGACAGUCCUAGCUACAUUUUUGUUUGAGAAAUUGCUCUUUGCUAAGAAGCAAUUUUUUGGACCAUUUUCAUUUUAAAACAAUCACAGCAAGGUAAAUAAAAUUGUUACCCAGAAAUUAUUUGAUAUUGCGAUAAACGACUGCAAACCACUAGAAGGGAUGAGUAACCUUGCCUGCAGAACAGAACAUUAUGUUAACUCCCAAAGACUUUGGCCUGGUGGGCUAACACAGUCUUGAGUUAUGCAGAACACCCGGAUUUGAUACCCAGUUGAUUGCUUAAGUUCCAGCCGUAGGACCAAUGCCAGGAACAUUGUGAACAACACAGCCAGGUCACCCGUGAUACAAGUCAGUAUUAGACGUUCAUCCAUGUCUUAGGACGUCAGGAGAUGAUGUGGAAACCAGCCACAAGGGGCAACAGUGAGAGCUGUUAGUCCCAAAGGUUGCAUGUUCAAUCCAGCUAUAGAAAGUAGUUUGAGAUUUGUUUCCCUUACCUUAACCAUAAAAAAUAAAAAAAUAAUCCUAACCUUCAACGCUUGGGAAACAUGGACGAAUUCUGACGCGAGACUGUGAGAGCUUGUUGCAGAUGGUCACGUUGUUUUGCAUCUUAUCUACUGAGAGCAUGCAUGGGUAGGCUUAGAUGAAAACAUCUCUGUGAAUCUGAGGCUGUCAAACUUCCACCCAGGAUUCUAUCUGCUAAGGGACCACCUUUACCUGCAAAGUAAAUGAAAUGUUUUAAAACGGAGUGAAAAUAUGCGCUUUUUAUUUGACAAGUCCAGGUAGUCUCUCACCGUUUCAGGCCGUUUUCUUUGAUAUUUUCUUCUACCUGGGUCACUCCUCAUGACCCAGGGGAAGGAUAUUUACAAGCCCUGCUGAGAUUCAAUCAGCAUUGAGACACUGUAUGGACAUUAUAUGAUAACAACUAUUGAGUAUAGUAAUGCACAAACUUGAUUGCAUUUUCCUGACAUUGAUUGCUGUUGAUGUGCACAGAGGCAAUGACUCACGUGCGCUUGCUCAUAUGGGAGCACACCUGACCUUGUAACACUCCCCCCACACUGCCCUAGGCCACACCCGAAGUUAACCACAUUGACCUUUGUUAUGUUGCAGGAGGAAAACCCUCCUAUUGCACGCUUGUUCGAUGCAGAACUGUCUGCAAAUUUCAUUGGCCCCAUUUAGCCUGUCUUCCUUGCAGUAAUUUUCCUCUGUUGCUAAGUAUGUUGCUAGGGCAUGGUUUGGUUGGUAGCUCUGAGACUGUGCCUGCUGCCUAAUCUGAUUCCACUUUGAAGCUGUGUGCCAGCUAUCCAAAGGCGGGUAGAAACAAAAGGAAAACAUAUCGAGGCAUAAAAUUCUGGCAUACUGCUGUUUUAUUGUGAUGCUCAUGACACACUUCUCAGUUGCCUUAAGAGGUACAAAAAGUUUAGCUCAUUUCAGGUGAACUUUUGGGGUGUUCUCAUAUCAGGGCUGUAGGACCUAGAAGACUAAAAGUGCAUACAAUCUGAUAUAAAAACCUGCCUUCAAGUAUAAUCUCUUUGUGGUUUAGCUGUUGAACUUAUUUCUUCACUCUUACGUGCUGAAAACAUACCUGGAGUGUAAGACAUGAUAGUACAGGGUACACAGUGUUUUUCAAGAUGGGUGUUUGCUUGGGGACAGGGACAGCAGAUGUCCUGAGCUACAUUUACCAACAUCCUGGGUGCCAUGCAGUCAAAAUAAAGAGACACAGUCCAGAUGCUAAGGGGGAAAAAGUUCAGAUUCAGUAAAGAGAGAAUGAAUCAGAGCUUAGGGGUCAAUUCCGUCAUUUUUUAUAUAAAAAAAAAAAGAGAAGAUCAAACACGUUCACACUUACAUAACCAACUCCUUAAAGCGAUGAUGCUAAGAGAGGCACAACAUUCAACAGGAGAUGGGGAAUGGAUAAGGAAUUGAGUGAUGUCAUAAUGUGCAGUCAGGCAUUAUGUGAACCAUGAUUUAUUCAGCCAUCAAACAUUAAUAAAACAUACAAUUUUGUGCAUGUACUGGAGCCUGGAUGUCUUUGUAUGUCUACGUCAAAAUGGAGAGGGUGAAUUCAACUACGUGUAUAGGGUCUGUGAAAAUCAAUAUAAACUCAAAACACCAUACACUAUUAUUCUGUCAUUCUUAUCUCAAUAUUCAGUGAGCGGUUUGCCGGUGCUACUCUCUGGUGUCAUCUUGUUGACAGCAAAAAGGCUAUUUGGCACAGGAUCCCAAAUGGAAGAAAUGUCAUAAUUCUAUUAUGUUUUUUGGCAGAAUGAAUCAUGGUGCUGAGGAAAACCUUAGUCAGCCCCUCUCUAAUAGAUGUGCCCCUGCACUUUGACUCUACCUGUACAUAGCCUCGCAUUUUUUUUUUUUACUUAACACUUAUUUUUCUUAAAACUCCAUUGUUGGUUAAGGGCUUGCAAGUAAGCAUUUCACUGUACAUGUCUAAACCGGUUGUAUUCGGCACAUGUGACAAAUCCAAUUUGAUUUGAGAUGUUUGAAUAUACUGCGGUGUGCUUUCCACCUAGUGGGACAUCAUUUAUUCAUUCAUUUCUAAAUGAAGAGUUAGAAACACACCCAGAUCCUCUCUGCAGCAUCAUUCACGACUAGAUAAUAGAUUUUAGGUUGUAUUUUCUCUGGCACAUGCAUGUGAAGGACUGUAAACCUGGGUUUUAUUGGAUUUAAGAAACGGUCUCAUGCCUUUGUUCCAUGUUUGAGGAAAUACAUGCUAAAUAUUUUCAAGUAAAACAAAAAUGUUUUCAAUCUGGUAGCCUAUAUUUGAUUUGGGGCUCACUGGUUUAAUGACCAAGGUCCGGUCAGUGUCUGUGCCAGGCAGGGGUGGACGUAGGCGGAGGAGACAUUAUUUACAUAACCAAUUUCGGAGAGUCGGCCUUGUUCGUAAAUGGUUCAGUGCCAGUGUGCCACAUCAGGAUGCCUUGGACAGAAAUACACCUCACCGUUACUUUUCUCACAGAUCCAAAGGGGAAAACGCAGCGUUAAGCACAAUGGGACCAUUCCAGGAAUAUGAGGAAAAGAAGUCAGCAAGGAAGGAAAGCCCCCGCAGCCGCAUCCCACGCUUGAUCCUUCAUCCUUUCUACCCUAAUGAGAAAGGGUCACCCUUGUCCGAAUCACCCAUUUCAGAGGAGGAGGGUAAGGACUGUGACAUCAGCUCGGACAACUCCAAACGGACCAUCAGCUUUUGCUCAGAUGACACUGGCUGCCCCAGUAGUCAGUCUCUGUCCCCCUCCAAAACCCUGUCAGGGUCAGACAACAGUCCACAUGGCUCCCCCAUGCCCACUGCCGAGUGCAAGACCAAGGUGAAGAGGGUGAGGGUGAUGGCAGAGUGGCACGCACCACCGCCGAGGCACAAGAGGGAGCAGCAAUCGUCCACAUUGCCCAGAGGUAGCGAAGCAGACUUCAGCUCCUCCAGCAGCACGGGCAGCCUAAAGAGAGGUGAGAGCCUGGCCCACAACUCCACAGGGAAGAAGAUCUCCUCACGCAGUCGUGGUACCCACAUCAGGAGCCUCCCGAUGUUCAAGCUGGCAGGGAGCCCCUCCGCAUCCCAUGAUGCAGAGCUCUAUGCCCCAUACAGGACAGUCCCCUCAUCCACCAACAGCAGCAGCAACUCCAGCCCCAAAAUCCCCUCCAGGAUGCCCCCCGGACGUUACCACUCCUGUGGGGACAACCAUGGGCUCAAAUCCCCCAAUCCAGAGCAGUAUCUCACCCCCCUGCAGCAGAAGGAGGUGGCCAUUCGCCACCUGAGAAGCAAGCUGAGGGAAGCGGAGAACACCGUCCAUGACAGGGAGUCUGAGAUCGAGGAGCUCAAGUCCCAGCUGGGCAGGAUGAGCGAGGACUGGAUCGAGGAGGAGUGCCACCGUGUAGAGGCGCAGCUGGCCCUAAAGGACGCACGCAAGGAGAUCAAGCAGCUCCGGCAGGUUGUGGAGACCAUGAAGAGCAGUCUGAUGGAGAAGGACAAGGGCAUCCAGAAGUACUUUGUCGACAUCAACAUCCAGAACCGCAAGCUGGAGUGCCUGCUGCACAGCAUGGAGAUGGCCCAGAGCGGUUCCACGCUGCAAGACGAGCCAACCAUGGACUUCAUCUGUGGUGACUCCCCUGUCAAUGAUAAGCAGGGGGAGGUGGGUGACCAGGAGGUGGAGAUGGCAGACUGUGGGCUGCUGGUCAACGACAAUCUGGCACACAUGCUCAUGUCCACAGAAGUGGACUCUAGCGGUAAGCUACGCUGCCACCCAGAGGCUGGUCCUGGGGUGUCCACUCUACUCCACAGUCUGGAGGAGGAGAAGAUCGCACCACUGCCUCCACCACCCUCCAACACGAUCUGCUGCAGCACACUCCCCUUCCCUGCUCCAGAGGAGAAGGCCGUUCAGACCGAGAUGGUGUCCUUCCCUCCUGACCUGCACGCCCUCCUGCUGCAGCUGCUGAAGUUCCAUGGUGGUGCAGUUGGAGAUGCUCUCCUUCCAGCUUCUACCAGCCUCCUAGAGAUCCCAGCACAGCAGGGCCCAGACUUGGCCCCUAUCCCGUCCACCUUAAGCCUGCCUAGCUCCUGCCAGCCCAUUCCAGUUCUGCCAGUGAGCCCUUAUAUGUUAAGUAAGUCAGGGCUGUGUUGCUCAGACCCUGAGGUGGUCUCCAUGCGCUUCAUGGAGGAGCUGGAUUUUGAGGUGAGCAGUGAGGAGCCCUGCAAGGCCCUCGGGAUGGCUGUGGUCAACAAAAGCUAUUGGAGCAGCAGCUUCCUUGUUGAUCUUGUUGCUGUGGCCGUACCAGUGUUGCCCACAGUGGCCUGGCUGUAUUCCCGGCAUGGCGUGGAUGGGGCGGCGCCAGUCUACAACAUCGCAGCAUUGAUCCGCGGCUGUUGCAUCAUGGGAUUGCACUCUCUCCGUCACGUCACUCAUGGGGCAGAUGUGUAACGGUCUACGACCCCUGCGUGCACAGCCCGACCCUUCAACUUAAAGCACUUCAACAUCCGUUAAUCAAAGAGUAUUUGAAUAUUUUGUUUUUCUACACUUGUGAAUAUUAACGCUACAGUUAUUACUUUAGGUUCCCACGCGGUUACUUUGCACUGUGUACAGUUGUUGCGGUGAGUUAAGUCAUUGUUUAUGGUGAAGGGAUUUUGUUAAUUGUAUUUAUUUUCCCUCUGUUCUCGUGUAUAAUCUGAGUAGGUGGUUAUGCAUCAUUGAUGUCCUGGGCUGGCACUAGUUACCCCUACUUAAAGCAACCAUGUUUUUUUUCUGAAAGUAUUAGGAUUUCUGAGGGUGGGGAUGAAAGUGAAUGAGUGUUUGUAGUGGUUUAUGUUCCAAAAUAAUCUUAAACCUGCAGCCAAAGUUUUAUUAAUGAACGUUCACUCUUUAUUUUUCUACCUGGGAGUAGAGUGUACAUGUGUAACAAAUUGUUGAUUGGUGUUUGAGACCAAUGCUUCAAAACAACUCAGACUUGUUUGUGCCUGAGCUACUGUGUGUAAUACUCUUAACAUCAAAUGUCCUAAUUUACUAUUAAAGCAUGAUAAUCCCAUCCAUGUUUGAUUCCUCUUGGGCAUGUUCUGGUGCCAAGGGUUUAGCAGACUUAAAUCCCAAGCAUUUUAUAGUGAACAUACAUUCUAAAUGGCAUAUCCACAAUUGUUCUGUUUCAUCGUUCUACAACCAAUUGAGAUGUGUUGUCCUCAUGAGUGCCAGUUUCAAUUGGUGAUUUUCAGUUUCUCUUUAAAUGCCAACAAGAAGGAUAUUUGAGUGAGCAAAUUAAAUGAAAGACUUCUUGGAUUUACU